AUGCUGGGAGCUUCGAGGCGUCAGGCGCAGGCGCGGCGCCGCGGCUCAGCGCUGAGCCUGGGCGUGGCGCUUCGCGGCCACGGAAGAGGGCGAAUCGUGUUGAUCCUUGCGACGACAAUGACCUUCGCCACGACGUCGUGGAGCUUCACACCACGACCGACCGGCGGUGUCGGACUUCAGGCGGUUCGCCGUCCAGUUCGGAUGGGCCACGCGAGAGCCGGGCGGAGAUGGGCCCGAGAGGAGUCGAGGAUUGCAAGGCCUGGCCUGGGCGAGUUGCUUCCACUCUGUGUGGCUGUGGCACCAGCACUGGCAUAUCAGCUGGUAGGACCCGAAGAUGGACGGAGAGCUCGUGUUGCUCCACCUGCAGCGACCGAGUCUCAUGACAUCCUGGACAGUAUCAUCCGAGUUGGACUGCAGCCAGAUCUUCUCUUGAGGCUGCGGAAGCCCUUGACCUUUCUCAACUUCAUCUCGGCGGCAGUCUUCAUCUUCCAUUUCUACUUCCUUCCAGGCGGCAGCUUGGUGCUUCCCAUCGAACCCUUCGUGGCCUGUACCUUCUUCCUUGGCAUUUUGCUAGCGCAUCGCGUCACGAGGGCGACGGAGCGCUUUCAACGAGGGCAGCAAGCAUGGAGUGACCUCGUGAACGUCACGAGGAACCUCAAUCGGCAAAGCCAUGUGUGGGCAGAUCGUGAGAGCUUCAUGGUCUUCUCACAUUGGCUUCCAGCGUUCCCAGCGGCAUUGCUUUGGGACCUACGAAAGCUGGAAGAGGAGGAGUUGGAGCUGGUCCUGCAGCGCUCGAAGGGUCCAGGGUCUUUCGAGGCCUUUGAUGGAGGCAUCACCGAGCGCGAGAUCGCCCAGGUUGGCCCGAGAUGGGCGGGAAGAGGACGCAGAGGACACGCCGACCCUUUGAAUGAUGGAGCGUCAGCCAGUUUGUGGGGGUAUCUCUGGAGGGUUGACCCUCUGGUCUUCCGACUCCCAUCACUCGGAGAUUGGUGGGGUGAGACGCCGUGGGUCUCAGGCUGA